AUGGCCUCCCGGACGGACAGCGGGUACUCCCCCCAUGAUCAAGCUUUAACUAUGGUGAAAAAUAAAAGAUAUACCCCCCCUAGCGCGCGGGGAAGUACUGAAACUCGCAAUGCUCCAAGAACCCCUGGUCAGGAUCCAUCGCAGCGGGUUGAGAGAGAUCAACAGCAUGGAGGUGGCGAUCGGCUACAUGCCAAUACUCAAUAUUCUCAACAAGGUGGUCGUGGUGGUGGACAACACCUGAGAUGUGGUGGACAUUUUCAGGAUCCAGCAUCACAUCAUCCAUUUGGUGGUCCUGUUAAGUAUCAAGCACGUGAGUAUUAUGGCCAUGGUGCCCCACGCCAAAGAGGAACACCACAACCAUACCAUGACGGGCAUAGGAGUGGAAGUCAUGGACGCGGAGUUCCUGCUACACCAUCAGUAACACUUCCCGAACUGCACCAAGCUCCACAAAUCCAGAACCAAGUUCCGGUGCUUACACCUUCACCACCCGAAACUGGCUCAUCCUCACUACAUGUUGAGAUGAACACCGGACAAGUCCAGUUACAGUUUCAGCAACUUGAUAUCCCGGGUCAAAGUUCCUCUAGACAGGGUAUCCAAUCAGCGCCAUCGUCGACUAAAUCAGUAAGAUUUCCAGUGCGGCCUGGCAAGGGUACAUUUGGCAGUAGGUGCAUCGUGAAAGCAAAUCAUUUCUCUGCUGAAUUGCCUGAUAAAGAUCUUCACCAGUAUGAUGUGUCUAUAACUCCAGACAUUCCUUCCCGUGGCGUCAAUCGUGCUAUCAUAGGACAACUUGUAACACUCUACAGGCAUUCUCUUUUGGGUGGUCGCCUUCCUGCCUAUGAUGGAAGGAAGAGCCUAUAUACUGCUGGACCAUUGCCAUUUACUUCUAGGACCUUUAAUAUUGUUCUGCAGGACGAGGAUGAUAAACUUGGUGGUGCGCAAGUUGCACAAAGGCGCGAAAAACAUUUUACGGUCGUCAUCAAAUUCGCCGCGCGUGCCGAUCUCCAUCAUUUAGCUAUGUUUCUAGCUGGGAAGCAACCAGAUGCUCCUCAAGAAGCUAUUCAAGUGCUUGACAUUGUUCUACGUGAAUUACCUACUGCAAGGUAUUCCCCAGUUGCCAGGUCAUUUUAUUCACCAAACUUAGGGAGGCGCCAGCAACUUGGUGAUGGCUUGGAAAGUUGGCGUGGUUUUUACCAGAGCAUACGGCCCACACAGAUGGGACUUUCACUGAAUAUUGAUAUGUCAUCUACAGCGUUCAUUGAGCCUCUUCCUGUGAUUGAUUUCGUCGCACAACUCUUGAACAGAAACGUCUCAGUCAGACCAUUAUCAGAUGCUGACCGUGUGAAGAUCAAGAAGGCUCUACGAGGUGUAAAGGUUGAGGUCACACAUAGAGGCAAUAUGCGCAGAAAGUAUCGUAUAUUUGGCCUUACCUCACAAGCAACAAGAGAAUUAACUUUCCCUAUAGAUGACCAUGGUACUGUUAAGACAGUAUUGAAGUACUUUCAGGAGACUUAUGGAUUUAACAUUCAGCACACCACUUUGCCUUGCUUGCAAGUGGGUAACCAACAGAGACCAAAUUUUCUUCCGAUGGAGGUAUGUAAGAUUGUCGAGGGACAGCGUUACUCGAAACGACUGAAUGAGAAGCAGAUAACCGCUCUUCUUAAAAUGACCUGCCAGCAUCCCCAACAGCGGGAGCUGGACAUUUUGCAGACGGUGAAUCACAAUGCAUACCAUGAGGAUCCAUAUGCGCGGGAGUUUGGUAUAAGGAUUGAUGAACGUCUUGCAUCAGUUGAAGCUCGAGUCCUACCUCCCCCUAGACUUAAGUACCACGAUAGUGGCAGAGAGAAGGAUGUCUUGCCAAGAAUUGGCCAGUGGAAUAUGAGGAAUAAGAAAAUGGUCAAUGGUGGGAGAGUUAAGGAGUGGAUAUGCAUUAACUUUGCUCGGAAUGUCCAAGAUAGUGCAGCGAGGAGUUUCUGUCGUCAGCUGGCUGACAUGUGCGAAAUAUCUGGAAUGGACUUCUCAAAGGAACCUCUGCUUCCUCCUUUAUGUACGAGACCUGAUCAUGUAGAAAGAGCACUCAAGGCACACUAUCAAGAUGCUAUGAGUGCUCUGAAACCACUGGGCAGGGAACUUGACCUGCUCAUUGCAAUUUUACCUGACAUUAAUGGUUCUCUUUAUGGUAAUCUUAAAAGAAUAUGCGAGACAAAUCUUGGAUUGAUCUCUCAAUGCUGUCUCACGAAACAUGUUAAAAAGACGACACCACAGUAUCUCGCAAACGUCGCCCUUAAAAUCAAUGUUAAGGUGGGAGGGAGAAAUACUGUACUUGUUGAUGCUUUGUCAAGGAGAAUUCCCCUUGUUAGUGACAGACCAACCAUUAUAUUUGGUGCUGAUGUUACCCAUCCUCAUCCUGGAGAAGAUUCUAGCCCUUCCAUCGCAGCUGUUGUUGCUUCUCAAGAUUGGCCCGAGGUCACCAAGUAUGCUGGAUUGGUGAGUGCACAAACCCGUCGCCAGGAGUUGAUACAAGAUCUUUUUAAAGUAUGGCAAGAUCCUCAGAAAGGGACUGUAAAUGGUGGAAUGGUUAGAGAACUUCUCCUUUCCUUCCAUAGAUCAACUGGACAGAAGCCCCAAAGGAUCAUAUUCUAUAGGGAUGGUGUUAGCGAAGGACAGUUCUAUCAGGUUCUGUUGUAUGAGCUUGAUGCGAUUAGAAAGGCGUGCGCAUCCUUGGAGUCCAAUUAUCAGCCACCUGUUACCUUUGUGGUGGUCCAGAAGCGCCAUCAUACACGGCUAUUUGCUAAUAACCACAACGAUCAGCGAAGUGUUGAUACAAAAAGUGGAAACAUACUGCCUGGUACCGUGGUUGAUUCAAAGAUAUGCCAUCCUACCGAGUUUGAUUUCUACCUUUGUAGCCAUGCUGGUAUUCAGGGAACAAGCCGCCCUGCGCAUUACCAUGUCCUUUGGGAUGAGAACAAUUUUACCGCGGACGGUUUGCAGACUCUCACGAACAACUUGUGCUACACCUACGCAAGGUGCACCCGUUCUGUAUCGAUUGUGCCUCCGGCAUACUAUGCUCACCUCGCCGCUUUUCGAGCUCGGUUCUACAUGGAACCGGAUACCUCCGACGGUGGCUCGGUCCCGAGCGGCGCCACGACAAGCCGUGCCCCUGCUGGUGCACGCGGCGGUAGUAGAGCUGCAGGGAAUGUCGCUGUUAAGCCUCUGCCCGACCUCAAGGAAAACGUGAAGCGUGUCAUGUUUUACUGCUGA